UUUAGUCAUUUCCGACCCGUUUCUCACAGGUUUUAGACCAACGCUAACAAAAACAAAAAUUCCCGCUCCCUCAAUCCUCAAACAACGGCGUCAAUCAGCAUCAGCGAAAUAUUCUGCCAUAGUAAUUUACGGUUAUACUAUUUUUAUUAUUAUUCUGGAAAGUAGUUUUUGAAAUCGAGAGGAACAAGCCUGUUUGAAGCAUCAAAGAUGCUUCGUAGAGGAGGGAAAAGAAUAAGGAUGGAUGAUCCUCCUGAAGAUUAUGAACCACCUUUUACGCCUUACUCGAUUCAACCACAAACCCCCAUGGAUCAGCAAAGCAGCACAUUUGGUGGGCAAUAUGGACAGUACAAUGAUAAUGUUUCUAUGCAUUAUGAUUCUGGACCUAAUUCCAACUUAGACUAUGAUCAAAAUAUUGGUCAAGUGCAACAGAAUAUGAAUGCAUUUCAUCCAAGUCAUCUGGAAGAAGCAACCACAUCAAGUUUACCUGGUGGACGUGGACGCAUGACUCGCAGUUCUCGAGGCAGAAGACAUACAGCUAUUACAAACCCUCAGAGGGUAAUAUCUAGCCCAGAAGACACUCCUGUUCCAACUCCAAGUCCUGCCCCUCGACGAAGAGGACGCCCAAGGAAAAAUCCUGUUUUGGAGCACUCGUCUGUUGACGAUGAAAGUACCUUGUUCUCCAUCAUCAGAUCUGGCAAAAGUUCUUUACAGCAAAUUGUAGAUGAGUGGAUCGAGCAGUACAAAGCUGAUCGCGACUCAGGUUUGCGUGCCAUAAUGCAGUUUUUUAUCAGCGCUUCAGGUUGUAAAGGAAAAAUAACCUCUCAAAUGCAGAGUAGCAUGGAACAUGCGGCCAUUAUCCGCCGUAUGACUGAAGAAUUUGACGAGGAAAGUGGAGAAUAUCCAAUGAUUAUGUCGGGUCCACAAUGGAAGAAAUUUCGGAGCAAUUUCUGUGACUUUGUGCAAACGCUUGUGAAGCAGUGUCAAUACUCCAUCAUAUAUGAUCAAUAUCUGAUGGACAAUGUUAUUUCACUCCUAACUGGCUUAUCUGAUUCGCAAGUUCGAGCAUUUCGCCAUACUGCUACUUUAGCUGGUAACUUCUCCUAUAAUAUCCGUUUGCCCGACAACGUAAACUUUUUUUUCCUUUUUUUUUUUUUAUAUUUUACAGCGAUGAAAUUAAUGACUGCGUUAGUUGAUGUUGCCCUAACAGUGUCGAUCCAUCUUGAUAACACUUCUCGUCAGUAUGAAGCUGAACGACAGAAAACCCGAGAUAAGCGAGCAAGUGAUCGUUUGGAAGCCUUGCUCGCCAAGCAUCAAGAACUCGAAGAAAAUAUGGACGAGAUAAAGAACAUGUUGACCUAUACAUUUAAGUCAGUUUUUGUCCAUCGCUAUCGCGACAUUGUUCCAGAAAUACGAGCCAUUUGUAUGGCAGAAAUCGGCAUAUGGAUGAAACGAUUCCCACAAAAUUUCCUUGAUGAUUCUUACCUUAAGUAUAUUGGGUGGACUUUACAUGACAAAGUAGGGGAUGUUCGCCUGAAAUGUCUGCAGGCACUUCAACCACUCUAUGCAUCGGAAGAACUUAAAGGCAAGUUGGAAUUGUUUACCAGCAAAUUCAAGGACCGUGUCGUUUCAAUGACAUUAGACAAAGAGUAUGACGUAGCAGUUCAAGCAGUUCGUUUAAUUAUCAGCAUUCACAAGUAUCAUCGAGAAAUAUUGUCCGAUAAGGACUGUGAAGCUGUUUACGAGCUGGUCUUCUCCUCUCACCGUGCUGUUGCGCAAGCUGCUGGCGAGUUUCUGAAUGAGCGGCUUUUUACACUUGACGAUACCACUCCUCCGGCUCUUCGCACUCAUCGUGGAAAAAAGAGAUUGCCUAACACACCUCUUAUUCGCGAUUUGGUUCAGUUUUUCAUUGAAUCGGAGUUGCAUGAACAUGGAGCAUAUUUGGUCGAUUCCCUUAUCGACUCCAAUGAAAUGAUGAAAGAUUGGGAGUGCAUGACAGAUUUGUUAAUGGAAGACCCUGGGCCAGAUGAAGAGUCACUGGACGACAGGCAGGAAACUAGUUUGAUUGAAUUAAUGACAUGUUGCAUCAAACAGGCCGCAACUGGAGAACCACCUGUCGGACGGGGGCCUACUAGAAAAAUUACCACCGCCAAAGAAACAAAACAAGCUCAAGAUGAUCGUGUAAGGCUCACCGAACAUUAUAUACAAACCCUUCCUCUGUUACUCGGAAAAUACAUUGCGGAUCCAGAAAAGGUGGCAAACCUUCUCUUAAUUCCUCAGUAUUUCGAUAUGGAAAUCUAUACUACCUCCCGGCAAGAAAAGAAUUUAGAAACACUGUUACGAUUAAUGCAAAAUGUGGUAGAGAGGCAUACUGAAACAGAAGUACUUGAAAACUGUGCCAAAACACUGGAAAUUUUAUGUACUGAAGAUCAUGCAAUCUAUUCUCGUUGUGACGUGAUACGGAGCACUUUAGUCGAUCGGUUGGUUAACAAACUACGUGAAGUUUUUGACGAACACGAAACGCUGAUUGCCGGUGAAGAAGAACCCAAUGAAGAUGAGAUGUUUGCUCUGGUGUCAAGUUUGAAAAAAGUUGCCAUUUUCUGGUCGUGCCACAAUCUUGGUCCAUGGAACCUAUGGGAUCCUCUCUUCAACGCUGUUCGAGAUGCCAAAGACGGAAGCCGAUCAAUGCCGCCUGAAGCUAUUAAAUAUUGCAUUUCAGCUUGUUAUUCCGCUAUUUUAUGGGAACUUCUACAACUCGAAAACGGUUCUGGACGAGGAACUUCUGCUGCGCAGCAACAAAAGCAGCUAAGAGAUCAUCUAGAUGCCUACAUUCCGUUGAUGACUGAGCUUGUAAUCACUUCAAACGUUGCCCUUUUUAGGGAAGAGGCAUACAUAUCUGUGUGUGAUUUACUCAUCUCAUUUUGCAAGCAACUAGAAGAUAAUCCACUUCUGAGACCGCUUGUAUAUGAACCUGAUCGCGGCCUACAGCAGACUCUGAAUGACUUCAUUCAAACCUACGUGUUUGUUGAAGAUGAAGACGAAGAACAGGAUGAACAUACGAAAAUCGAGGAGUUGCACAAACGUCGAAGCUACUUGUCAAGCUUUUGCAAACUGGUUGUCUAUAACGUCUUGCCUAUAAAAACUGCAGCAGACGUUUUUCGACAUUACGUGAAGUAUUACAACGACUAUGGUGACAUCAUUAAAACAACGCUAGGAAAAGCCAGAGAAAUCAACAAAGUGAGCUGCGCGAGAACUAUGGUUCUUAGCCUCUCCAUGCUGUUUCGCGAACUUCAUCGGGAUGCUGGAAGCCGCAUAGAUCGUCAAUCAGAAGAAUUCGUGAGUGUCAAGGAAUUAGCGAAAAGAUUCGCCCUUUCCUUCGGUCUCGAUGCAUUGAAAAACCGCGAAGCUAUCACCGCCCUGCACAGAGAUGCUAUUCUCUUUGCCACCAAUCCACUUGAAAAUCCAAAUGAUCCAACUGGUCCUCCACCUAAUUUAGCGUUUCUUGAAAUCGGUGCCGAGUUCACAAACAAACUUUUGAAGCAAGACAAGCGGAUGGUUCUCCAGUUUUUGGAUCGAAUCCUUACAAUGGGCAUGCCUUCAUCUCGGGGUGAGGAGUGGCAACCGCUGUUGCUGUAUCGCAACUCUUUGGUCCACGGUGAGACUGAUCUACCCCCACAGACUGCCAGGCGUGCAUACGGAAGACGUCGCCGGGAAGCAGGUGGUGACGAUGGCGAAAACGUCGAUGACAACGAUGACGCUGGUUCAGAUCAGGAUUUUACUGGUUAUUAAUGUGAACAAUUGGAAAAACAACUCAGAUGUGUUGCUAGACUUCAUGCUGUGAACAAGGAUACAAUUUUACUUAUUUUCUGUCCCCCACUUGAUCGCCUGUUGUUGUAAAAUCCGCUUUGUUUAAAGGAUUACUUUUGUCCUCAUUAUACGUUUUCUCAUAAAUACAUAAAACUUUCUUUUGCA